AUGAGUUUACAAGUUGAGGAAGACAAACUCAAGGCCAAAACUGUCACAGAGUUGGCCAGUAGUACUAGCAUGGUUCCAACACCUUUUUCUGGUGCUAAAACAAAUAUUAAGACUCCUCCAUAUGUGCUCAAGCCACCCUUCCUUUCUAGACUUGCACCGAUAAAGAAAGAGAUGACAAAUCACGACAUAUUUGAGGCUAAGUUUCUUAAAGAGCUAUGUACUAACAAGAGAAAGAUUCAAGAGCAUAGUGAAGUUUUCCUUUUGGAAGAGACAAGCGCAGUUCUACAAAGAAAAGUUCCUCCAAAACUCAAGGAUCUAAGUAGUUUCACUAUUCCUUGCAUCAUAGGUAAUAAAAAAUGUGAAAAAGCUUUACUUGACCUUGGUGUUAGUGUGAAUCUCAUGCCUCAUUCUAUCUACAAAGCUUUGAAUCUUGGCGAGUUGCAAGACACAAUGGGUUCGAUUCAAUUAGCCGAUAAGUCCAUCACUUAUCCUAUCGAUGUGAUUGAAGAUGGUUUAAUAAAGGUUGAAAGUUUUGUCAUCCUUGCUGAUUUUCUAAUAUUAGACAUGAAAGAAGACGUCAUUAGGGGCAAGGAAUUACCUUUUAUACUUGGUCGACCAUUCGUGGCCACUACCGAUACAACUAAUAAUGUGAAAAAAGGCAUAAUGACAAUGACGAUAUUUGAUGAGACAAUUGAAUUCAAAAAUUUUAAGGCAAUGAAGAGUCCUAAUAAUAUUCAAGAUUGCUUUUGGGUGGAUGUGGUUCAAGGGUUGGUAAGGAAUGAAAUCAAGAACACAAGCUUUCCCGAUUCAUUAGAAGCUUGUUUGGUUGAAAAGAAGAAUAAAGAUGCAGAAAUCGCGAAUUACAAGACCAAUCAAAUGCUUGAUGUUAUGCUCUAUACUCCUUAUAGAUGGCGGCCCAACUUUCAGCCACUAACCACUUCAACGCCAAACACCAAGCUUGUGCCAUCCAUAGUAUCUCUACUGAAUCUCGAAUUGAAGUCAUGUCGUCCCAUCUCAAGUAUGCAUAUCUAG